AUGGACAAGGCAAUAAGAAAACGCCAUAUUCUUUCAUUAUACAGAAGCAUUCUCAGGGAAUCAUCACGAUUCUUUGAUGAUUAUGCGAAGCAAUUCUUAAAGAAAAGGGCAAGAAAGAGAUUCAGAGAAUAUAAAGAGGAAACCAAUGAAACUAGAAUUAAAUAUAAAUUAAUUGAAGCAAAGCAGUCCUUAAAUCGACUAAAGAGAGCUAAUAUAUUUGAUCCUAAAUCAGUAAAACGUAUUUUGGAAUUUGCAUAUGGAAGAAGGGGACAAAUGAGACAUAAAUUGCUCAAGCCAAUCAUUGAUGAACCAAGUCCAGCUCCCAAACCUAUAGUUAAAGGAUAUCCUCGAACUGCACCUCCUCGAAUGUCACCAUCUUUAAAAACUUUAAUAACCACACAAGGGAAAUCAUUAUAUCCUGUAUUACCUGUACCUCCUCAUAAACCAUUAUAUCCUUCUCGAAAAGCAAAUUUAUUAUGGUGGCAUUAUUCAAAAAAUAUGAGAACAGUAAUGCCACCAGUUGAUGAUAAAUUAUUUGAAGAAAUUGAAAAAAAGGCGGGAAAAGGUAUAUUGACACAAAUUUGA